AUGUCGCUGAAAAUGGCCAGCAAGCUGAAAAAUGUGUUCACGGUGUCCAGAAACUUCACCAAUGGCCCACGUCUUCCCACAAAACUAUUGCACGCAAAGCCUGGAUUCGUUCCAAAAUAUGUGCCAGCUGAUGAAGCUUUGGCUAUGGUCGAAUCCAAUAAUGACAUCUACGUGGGAAACCAUGCUUCUGCUCCAAACGUUCUUCUAGAAGCAUUGUGUCGACGUGUCGACUCGGCGAACCUCAAUAAUAUUCGGAUGUCUCACUUGAUUCUGAGUGGAAACUGUCCACAGUUUGACCCGAAAUAUCGUGGCAAAAUUCUGAACAACAGUCUGUUCAUUUGUCCAGGAAACCGUAAGAAUGUCAACUUGGGUACUGCUGACUACACUCCGGUUUUUCUCUCCGAAGUUCCAUCACUGUACACUUCUGGAACACUGAACGUCGACGUGGCACUGAUUACUGUAUCUCCGCCUGAUGAUCUCGGAUUCUGUACACUCGGUGUCGAUAUUGAUUGCACACUUGCAGCGGCUACAAGUGCGAAAAAAAUCAUUGCUCUUGUUAACAGCACAAUGCCACGGACUCGCGGCCACACAACUGUUCAUUCGUCCCAUUUCGCAGCCAUGGUUCAGACGGACCGCCCGAUUGCAUUCCGUCAAGGAAACGAAGAGAUGUCCGAAGUUGAGCAGCGCAUCGGGAAACUCAUUGCUGAAAAUCUUGUUGAUAAUGGAGCAACUCUUCAAUUGGGAAUCGGAGCGAUUCCUGAUUCAGCCCUUGCCGCAAUGAACCAACACAAAGAUUUGGGGAUUCAUACAGAAAUGUUUAGUGAUGGAGUAACUGAUUUGAUAGACCUUGGAAUUAUUAAUAACCAAAAGAAAGCGUUCAUGCCUGGAAAGACAGUAUCAUCCUUUGCUUUUGGAACCAAGGAAUUCUAUAAAAAGAUUGAUAACAAUCCCGAGUUCUAUUUCGCACCAUGUGACUUCACUAAUCACAUCGACAUCGUUCGCCGCAACAGCAAAAUGACAUCAAUCAACUCUGCAAUCGAAAUCGAUUUGACUGGACAGAUUGUAUCUGACUCGAUUGGACGUAACUUUUUCAGUGGAUUCGGAGGACAAGUUGAUUUUAUGGCCGCCAGUCCUCAUGGUUUCGAUGGUCUGGGAAAAGCGAUUAUUGCAUUGCCAUCGAGAACCACGAAGGGACAAACAAAAAUUGUGCCAUUUUUAACACAGGGAUCUGGCGUUGUCACCACCCGCGCCCACGCUCGUUACAUCGUCACCGAGCACGGAAUCGCCAAUCUUUGGGGAAAAUCCAUCCGCCAACGAGCCUACGAGCUCAUUCAAAUUUCACAUCCUGAUGAUAGAGAGACGCUUGAAAAAGCAGCAUUUGAACGAUUCAAAGUAAUGCCAUCUGCAUGA